AUGGACGGCAGCUCCAAAGAGGCGCUGAUGGAGGAGGCACCUCCGAGGUACACGGCCUCCCCACGCCAGCCCUGCACCUCUCAGCUCACGAGCCUGCUGAUGGCGGCGGUGGUCAUGCUCAUCCUCACCGUGGUCAUCGUCACCUUCCUCCUGCUGGGGCUGCACAUCACUGAGACACACACUGAAGCGGUCCUGCAGAUGACCAUCCACGGCCUGGAUGGUGAAGGGACCCCCCAGCACCUCUCCUUGAGCAAGACAGAGCGGACCGGGACGUUCUCCGUGCGGGACGGGCUCAAUGCCUCUGCCAUGGUCAUCUAUGACUACAGCAAGCUGCUGGUCGGGUACAGGUCCUGGCGCCACAGCUCCUGCUGCAUCACCCGCAUGGACCCGGACAGCAUCCCGGGGCUGGACACCGUCACUGAGAGCUUCCAGCGGCGCCAGGUCAGUGCUGCUGUGCCCCUGGCUGACCGCUCCAUCCUGGGUACCAGCAUCAACAUCCUCUGCAGCACCGUCCCUGUGUACUGGGCAUAG